GCAAAAGUGGUCAAAAAGGUCAAUUUGUAAAUAAACACAGAAACGCGUUUGGAAUGGCAUCGUUUGUGUCAAGAUCCACGAGUCUUCACCGUGUCAUUCGUUUGGCCAACGUUACAUGCGUGAAAAUAAAUCAGAUCCAGUCUGUGUUUUACGAUCAAAGAAGGCACGUCAACACAUCAGAGGAAGACAGAAGAGCACCGAAAAUAUACACAAAAACUGGAGAUAAAGGCUUUUCCAGUACUUUCACAGGUGAGAGGAGACCAAAGGAGGAUCAAAUAUUUGAUGCUUUGGGAACAACAGACGAAUUAUCAUCUGUAAUAGGGUUGGCAAGAGAAUUUUGUAUCGACAAAGGUCAUUCAUUUACAGAUCAGUUGGAUAAGAUUCAAUGUGUCCUACAGGAUGUGGGAUCAAACAUUGCUACUCCUCUAUCAUCAGCCAGAGACAGUCACAUCACUAAAACAAAGUUCAGCUCCCAGCCUGUGACUGAAUUGGAGAGAUGGAUUGAUUCAUUUACAGAAGAGCUGCCUCCACUCACAAACUUCAUACUACCUUCAGGAGGUAAAAGCAGCGCAGCUUUACAUGUGGCCAGAGCGGUUUGUCGACGGGCAGAACGCUGUGUGGCCCCUGUUGUCCGUUCUGGAGAGGCAGAUCCUGAAGUUGCCAAAUAUCUUAACAGAUUGAGCGACUACUUGUUCACAGUGGCUAGAUAUGCUGCAAUGAAAGAGGGAAAUGUAGAAACAAUCUACAAAAGACCUGGGUAGAAGAGGAACACAGCUCAAUGUCUUAACUAAUAUUUAAAUUAUGGACUUAAAUCCAAAAACAUUUGCUCUAGCAAAUUGUCACUACAAUACGUUGGACAUUGGACUGAAACAUCUGGUUUUAAGACACAUGGCACCUUUUUACUUUUUUCGUUGCAUAUAUAAAAUUAAAGGAACUAGACCCUUUUGUCUGAUUGCAUGUUUUAAAUGUGUUCUGACAACUUCUGCUAUUUGGUUGGCAGACAGAGACAGAUAGAGUAACAAGUCUUCAUCCAUCCAUUACCCAAACCUGCUUGUCCUACUGGCAUCUCAAGCUAUACCAUAUCAACAUGGAAAGUUUAAUAAUUAGUAUGUCAGUAUAAAUUAAAUAAGAUUAGUGGUUUUGAGUAUUUAUUGUAUUUUUUUUAUAGUACCAUCUGUACAUAUUGAUUUUAUGGUAAAAAAUACUGUGUUUUAAAAAAGAAACUGUAAAUCUGUUAUGUGCCAUAGAUCUUCUGGACAGGAAAGGAUGGUUUCUUUGGCAUCUGCAAUAUCAAUUAUUUUUUUUUGCUUUUCACAUCUGUUCAUUAUUCCAAAGCAGCUUUGCAUGCAAUUUUAACACGAAAACACUUACAAGAAACUUACAAGCCAAAGAUCAUGGACGGCUUCGCGAUUGUAAUCUGGCUUAAUGUAAAAAAUUUGAACUUAACAGAAACAAUACAUCAUUAGAAAGGUCUUAAGACUCAAAUAAAAAUCUUAUAGUGACAGUAAUGUCUUAAUUUGUGUCACAAGAUCUAAUAAAUGAAAACCGGAGUCCAUACAUGUCAAAUUAAAUAUGACCCUCAGUCGCAGUCAUUGUGAAAAAUCUCAUGCAUGGUUGUUAUGAAAGCACUUCACAAAACAACAUCCCUUAAGAGCUUUUGGUUCAAAGGGCGCGCACAUUUGGAGAAAUAUUGAUUGCUUUUUAAAUAUGUUUACUUGACAGUUUUAUAGAGAGGAUAAAUAUUUAAUACAUUUUUAUUCCAAACGCUGCCAUAUCAGCCACCGAGGUUGCAUUUACUAGUCUGUUUCAUUCCUUCCAUGUGGGCGCCCUCAUGCAGA